AACCCUACAGUCCAGCGGCGUCAGCUCGUGUGACUCAGAGCGGAGUGCGCUCUCACCGGUGUCCGCCGUGCCCACCUCGUCUUGCCAAUCCGUCGGCGAGGUCACCUCUGCCUGCUCCACAUCCUCAAGCUGCACGUCCCUUAAGUCACCCAGUGCUGUCGCCUCCGGAGCCGCCGUCGCCAAUCGUAGCAAAAUCUCGUCAGUUGGUACCAAGGAGAGCGUUUCCUCCCCAAGCAGUUCCUUACACGUUGUCGAGUCCUACUUUUCCGAUGUGGAUGAAGUCGACGAUUUCCCCGUGAUUCAAAACAAGCCUUCGGCCAUGUUGCCAAGCAACCAGGAACCACCGCCGCUAGAGAUCAUAACCGACAGCUUGGUGGCUAUUGAUGCACAGAUCGUCAAUGUGGAGGAGGGCAUCGCCCGCGGCACGCUACGGCUGACCAGGGAUCGCAUUGACUUCCAGCCGUGGGGCGCCGACCGGCUGGUGCGCUCCGUCGGCGCCGAAUCGUUUGUCUGCAGCAUGCAUUUCUCGUCUGUCACGUCUCUGGGCAUGUUCCCGGACCUGGUCAAGAUGUCCGUUCUCGACAAACCCGUGCCCAUGAGCCGUAGCCGCUCGCAGACGUCCGACUUUCUGUUCGUGUCGUGCGACGAGUGGUCACUGAUCGCACCACGCGCCCACUGCACCCUAUCAACGGAAGCUCCACCACCAGCAUCACAGCCGUCAGCGCAGCAGCCAAGCCAGGCCACAACGCAGCAGCAGCAGCCAUCACCAUCAGCUGGUGCUUCUCGUGAUAACAAGGACAACAACGGCCUGCCAGUACUGCAGACAGCGACGUCAUCGUCAACAGGUGCACGACCGUCUCCGGCCAUGCGAUUGCGAGCGAUUGCAGCGUCGUUCACGCCACCGCUGGUCCGCGCCAGUAGCAACGGGUCUCGAAGUGCUCCCAGCCCUGCACCCUCACCGGGGAAGAGCCCAAUGCUGAGACAGACAAGCGGCAGUAGUGACACAAAGAGUGGCGGCCUGACUACUGCCGGACCCACAGGUAGUGGCUCGUCAAUUGGUCGCAGUCCGAACAAGCGGAAAGGUCUCUUCCGGCAACGCUCCAGCACCCUGGAUGAUGACAUGUCUCGGCCAGCGCUCCAACACAUGUCUCUUCCCGGUUACCUGUGCAUGAGAACGCAACCGCUGAGUCAGGAAACGUCCGAGCCGGAGAAGGAACACGUGUUUGCCAUACCUGGAGUGAAAAAGCAGUUGGUAUUCGACUUCCUCUGCCACAACAUCCGCAAGCUGAAGAACGUUCCCUUCUCGGAGAUAUCUCUUCUCUAUAACAAUUUGCGAAGUAACGCCGCCAACUCCAGUUCCGGUGCGGCCAACGGCAACGGUGUUGGUGGUGUAGCUGGCGUUCCUGAUGCUGUUGUCGGUGGUGUUGAGGUGACGUCCGCGCCCGUUGGUAGCGUCGGCACUAGUACAAGUGUGCCGGGCGGCAUGGUGCGAGUUGUCUCCUCCGGCUCGGAUGUGAGUCCACACCACUAUCCCAGCGACUAUGCCGUCGUGUCCAUGAAGAAACGCUCCCAGUCGAUGGGCAGUGAUCCUCGGUCGGCUGGCAGCAUGGUGGCGCGUAGUCUCUCCAUCGAGGAGGGCUGGUACUAUCUUGAGCCGAGCGACUUGGAUUCGCCAAAGCCUGCACGAACGUUGUCUAUGCAAGAAACGCCGUCUCUUUCCACCGAGUCCAAGAUCCUCUCGGUCAAGCAGCUGGAGCAGCUCUCCAAGGAGAUGCCGCUGCACCUGCUCGGCCAGACGUGGAGGCUGUGCUACAGCACCUACGUACACGGCAUCAGCCUGCAGACGAUGUUCCGCAACUGCCUCAAGUCCACCGAGGGGCCUGUGCUGCUUGUCAUCAGAGACACCGCUCAACACGUGUUUGGCGUUCUCAGCUCGUGCACGUUCCGGAUCAGCGACACAUUCCAGGGCAACGGAACGUCGUUUCUCUACACUUUCAGGCAAAGCGACACAUUAGAGGUGUUCCGGUGGACUGGUGAGAAUAGUUUCUUCCUCAAGGGUGACAAAGACUGUAUGUCCUAUGGAGGUGGAAGGGGCAAGUUUGGGCUUUGGCUGGAUGCUGAUCUGUAUCACGGUGCCUCAGACUCGUGUCCAACGUUUGACAAUCCAUGCUUGGCGAGCAAGACUGACUUUCUCAUUGCCGGCGUAGAAGUCUGGUACUUCGCUUCGUGCUGAUCAGCUAACUGCAGUGCAGCGCCUGGCAGGCUUUUGGCAGCGACGGUGCGGCGGCACUCUGUGUGUGUGUGUGUGUGUGUCCCAUAUGGUGUAGUGGUAUGUGCAGCGAUUUCCAAUCGAUAGGUCGCGGGUUCGAUUUCCGACAAUUAUGGUCACACACGUCUUUCUCAGACUCCUCCUGACUUUUCUUUCAUUCUCCUGGGUGGUUACCAACAGCCAGUGCAUGCCGGAGUAUGUGGUGUGAUGUCUGUGCGUGAAAAAAAACGAAAAAGACCAAAAAGUAAGGAUUCACUGGCCAGAAAACGCCACUUCAUAGCUGUGUGGUGUAGACCAGGCUGAAUAGUGGCGGUCAAUUCUUCAGCCUUGCAAGCUGUUGAAUGGUGCAAUCCCAGCAAAAGCUGCUAUGGCUUCUGCUGUAGCAUCGCUAUCAUCGCCUCCGGCGAUGGGCGUCCAAUGGUCCAAUGGUCCAAUGGUGUGUGUGUGUGUGUGUGUGUGUGCGUUGGCACGCGGAAACUGACAACACAGGAUCAGUCUGUCUGCAGUGUAUUUUGCUGUUUCUGGUAUGAGUGCUGCAAUGCUCUGUGCUGUGCAUACAUGGUUGAGCUUCUCUAGAGACCCAUCCCUGCCUUACACAAUCAUUCAGUGUCUCCCCUCAGGUCCUUCUGGUCCCACUGACCACGCAGUGCAAUGCUCUCGUGAUGUGACUCGCUAUCUUUCUACGGUUCGUGCAUUUAUACCCGGACCAUGGGCAUUUCACCCCCUCCCCCAGUGCCCAUCUCUCCCAGGUACAUUCCCGGGUACACUUAGUUAGGGUCUAUGUAUCUCACUCUUCUAUCAUUGCAACUAAUACUUUCCCCGACUGACUACGAUAGCGCACACUGGUUUUUUUAUAUGCAUUAUCGCUCCCCCCCCCCCCCCCCCCGGGCCACGCACUAUGGCCUUGUCUAGGGAUUUCCCCCUAGAAGAGGCUGCCCAAUGCUGUAGACAGCGCCCGCGUAGAGGUUACAAUAUUUUAUUUCCGAAUGUUUCCCUUGCAAAGCUUGCACUGUGACAAUGUUUUCCUGUAGUUCGGGCUUGGUGAACUUGCGUCCAUGCUCUCUCGCUGCUUUUCCAUGUGUACGUGUUUGUGCUGUGCCUGGCAAGAAUGCCGAGAAUAGCUUCUGCCCCCCCCCCCCCCCCCCUCAGCUCCUGGGUACGACCUAUUAUCGGUGCGUGUGUGUGACGGCAAGAUUUGGAAUAUUUCCGCCGAAUUUUGCAGGCAAAGAUUUCUUUUUUUAUUAUUAUUUUGGCUUUGAUUUCCCUAACAAGUCGACUCUGUCUUGAUGCUCACAACUUAAA